CUAAAGUAUCUUACCGAAGCUUUUCAGUCCGUCAGUGAAGUAGAACUCGACAACAUAAUUGAAAAUGUCAUUGAUGCCGUUGAAAAACAGCCUUUGUCAUCCAAUAUGAUCGAACAAGCCACAGUGGAAGCAGCCGUCCAAGAGUGCAGCCAGGGAUCGGAUGAAACCAUAGAAAAUGUUUUCAACAUUAUUGGAGCCUUCGAUAUUCCACGUUAUAUUUAUAAUUCAGAGAGAAAGAAGUUUCUACCUCUGUCAAUGACCAACUUUCCUGUACCCAAUUUAUUCGGAACUGCCAGAGAUAAAGCGGAGUUGUUUCGUGAGCGCUACUCCAUCUUACAGCAGAGGACUCACAGACAUGAGCUGUUCACUCCUGCAGCCAUCGCUGCUCAUCCUGAUGACAGCGGGAGCAAAUUCCAGCUUAAAACAAUAGAAACUCUGUUGGGCAAUACGGCUAAAGUGGGAGAAGUGAUUGUGCUUGGGAUGAUAACUCAGCUGAAGGAGGGGAAGUUUUUCCUAGAAGACCCUACAGGAGUCGUCCAGAUAGACCUUAGUAAAGCCCAGUUCCACAGUGGUUUAUAUACUGAGUCGUGCUUUGUUCUGGCAGAAGGUUGGUAUGAAGAUGAGGUUUUUCAUGUGAAAGCUUUUGGAUUUCCGCCUACUGAGCCUUCUGCUACCACAAGAGCCUUCUAUGGGAACAUCAACUUCUUUGGAGGGCCUUCUUCAGCUUCAGUCAAGGCUUCUGCAAAACUAAAGCAGCUGGAGGAUGAAAAUGAAGAUGCCAUGUUUGUGUUUCUUUCUGAUGUGUGGCUGGACCAAGCAGAAGUACUGGAAAAGCUUCACACCAUGUUUUCGGGUUAUUCCUCGGCACCCCCAACCUGCUUUUUCUUUUGUGGAAAUUUCUCAUCUGCGCCAUAUGGAAAAAAUCAAAUCCAGUCACUGAAAGGUAAGGAAGCCUUUGCAUACA